AUGGCCCACACUCUUGAUGAUUAUACGAUCGCAUGGAUCUGUGCUUUGCCUCUCGAGGCGGCAGCAGCCCGGGCCAUGCUGGACAAGACCCACAUUCUACCCGAAAGAGCGAGUGAUCCGAACGCCUACGACUUUGGCGAGCUCAACGGCCAUCAUAUUGUUAUUGCCUACUUACCGAACGGUAUCUACGGGACUGUCUCGGCGGCGACUGUCGUGUCGCGUAUGCGUUUGACCUUUCCUCGGCUUCAAUUUGGACUGAUGGUGGGAAUUGGGGGCGGGGUCCCGAGCAAAAACCACGAUAUUCGAUUGGGUGAUGUUGUUGUCAGUACACCAGGUGGAAGGCAUGGUGGGGUGAUACAAUACGAUUAUGGCAAGGCAGUGCAGGGUGGACAAUUUGAGCCUACGGGGAUGCUGAAUCAGCCACCGCAGGCUCUUCUAACACAUAUAAGCCAAAUCCGAGCAAAACAGAUGACAACUGGCGAUGAUGUUCUCUCCUUCGUAAUAAGCGAAGCCCUGAAACGGAACCCUGGCAUCAAAGAAAGAUUCUCCCGUCCAGUACAAGAUUUAGACCUAUUUUUCUGCUCUUCCUACCACCAUGACGACAAGGAAUCUGAUUGUGGAAAGUGUGAUAGAAACCAACUAGUGGAACGGCAACCACCCGAAAGAAAAACGCCCUACAUUCAUUACGGCUUGAUAGCGUCUGGAGACCAGGUGAUGAAAGACUCAGAAACACGAGAUCGUUUAGCCGACCAGCAUCCGAUUCUUUGCUUUGAGAUGGAAGCUGCAGGCCUCAUGAAUGAGCUUCCAACCCUCGUGGUCCGGGGUAUAUGUGACUAUUGUGACUCCCACAAGCAAAAGCAGUGGCAAGGAUAUGCAGCAUUGACAGCUGCUGCCUAUGCAAAGCUUCUCAUUUCAGAUAUGCCUGUCUCCCACAUAUACUCUCGCUCACUGGAGACACGAAAGGAGCAGCAUUGGGUGGUCCCUCUACUCAGAAAUAAAAAUUUUGUUGGCCGCCUAGAUGAGAUCAAGAAACUGGAAGACCAGAUCAUGAUGCAAGAUGGUUACAGAAGGGUCGCAAUUACUGCUUUAGAGGUGGCUUACCGUAUCCGCGAAAAAGACAAGGAGCGCUCUGUCUUCUGGAUCCCGUGUACUAGCCGUGCGUUGAUUGAGGCAACAUUCUUGAAAAUCGCGGUGACUGUCGGAAUCAGUGAUAUAAAGCCAGCCGAGAUAAAGGAACAACUUAAAGGAUACUUUAGCUGUCAGCGUGCAGGAAGGUGGCUCUUGAUCUUCGACAAUGCGGACGAUACAGAUAUGUGGUUAGCGGACAGUGGGGCAGACCCUGCUCUUGAUGGUUUUCUCCCUCAAAGUGAACACGGCAAUAUCCUUUUCACAUCACGGAACCGAAAACUUGCCUUGAAACUAGCACCAUUCAGUAUCGUUUCAAUUCCGAAUGAGGAUACGAGCACUGCUUUCCAGAUGAUGCAGAAAUUGCUGGUCCAGGAAGAUUUGUCUCGAAAUCUUCACACCGCAGGUAUUUUACUAGAACGACUCGCCUUCCUUCCCCUGGCAAUUACCCAGGCAUCUGCAUACAUCAUCGAAAAUGGGAUAACAUUGCCUGAAUACCUCGCACUUCUCCAAGAGCAGGAACAGAAUGCAGUGGAGCUUCUUAGUGAGGACUUUAAUGACCCAGGACGUUACAAGGAUAUCCAAAAUCCAGUGCUAACUACUUGGUUGAUCUCAUUUAUACAACUUCAGAACCACAAUCAAUUGGCAGCAGACUAUUUGUCUUUCAUGGCUUGCAUCAAUCCACGAAACAUUCCGCGGUCUCUUCUCCCACUUCAAGCAACAAAGAAACAGACUGUUGAUGCUUUAGGCCUUUUGAAUGCAUACUCAUUUACCAACAGCCGGGAUACAGAUAUAAGUCUGCACACUCUUGUCCAUAUUUCCACGCGAAACUGGCUUCGAAAGACUGGCCAGUUUAGUGUAUGGGUAAGGAAGGUGUCAGACCAAAUGCAGAAAGUAUUUCCCAAUAGUCACUAUACUAAUCAAGGACUAUGGCGGGAGUAUCUUCCUCAUGCUUUGGCACUUGUGGAAGAUUAUGAGUUUGUCAAACAACAAGACGAUUAUUCUGGGUUCAUUCAAAAAAUUGCAGAUUGUCUUGCUAGUGAUGGAAGGUAUUUCGAGGCAGAAAUUCACUACAAGGCUCUUUUGGAAAACAACCGACAAUUGCACGGGGUCGAGCAUCCUAUGACUCUCGCAAGCAUGAAUAGCCUGGCAUUAACACACCGCAAUCAGGGCCGAUGGAAUGAAGCUGAGAAGUUUGACAAGACAGUGCUACGGUCCGACAUUGUAUGUGAUCUGAUAGCGUUCGUAGAUGACUUUACCGCGUGGGUGACCGGACCAAGUACGCAGAGCAACCGGGAAGGUAUUGAGGGAAUCAUUAAAGAGGCGCUUGACUGGGAAAGACGAAGUGGGACAACUUUUGAAGCAGAGAAAACAGCCAUCAUAUACUUCACUCCUAAGGCUUACAAAUUGGACCGGGAGUCCUUCACUAUCAAGGGACAAACUGUUGAACCCAAAGACCAUGUUAAGAUUCUGGGCGUCCUGAUGGAUACAAGUCUUAAAUAUAAGGAAUACAUUGCAAGGGCAGCGUCCAAGGGCCUUGAGGCAGUGAUGGAGCUUCGAUGA